AAGGAGGCCUUCUGAAUAACCAGGGAAUAGAUUGGGAGACCUAGAAGGGAAGGGAAGGAAAGAAAAGAGGUGAGAAAGGAAGGAAGGAAGGAAAUAGUGCAGGGAAAACUGCCAUAUGGGUAGAGGAUUUGACUUAGCUGUGUACUACAGGGCCCUGGGCUGUAACCCAGAAUAGAGAUGGGGACUGGAUUCCCCUACCAGCCCCAAGGAAGUGGUGUACAAGGGUAGCUGACCCCAGCGAGGGGGCUACAGGCUGAAUGUGAGCUCGCUGAAGAUGAGCUGUGGAGAGGGUGGAAGCUUUUUAUUUCUGUUAAGAUAGUUUUAAACUUUCGUUUGGAGAGCUGACCCUGGAAGGAAUUGGCUAAAACUCAUCCCUCCAGCCAGGGCACAGUCAGCUGAAAAAAACCACCACAGCCCCAGUGACUGUUGACAAAGGCUGCUACCCCACAAGUCACUGUGAUGCCAUGCCUGGCCAUGAGGAAGUGCAGAGUGAUGCUGAUAUCUUCAGGACAGUAAGACAAGAUCUAUUUUCCUUUUGUCUUUAAGGUACAUGUUGCUGACAAGAAGAAGAACAGCAAGUUUUAGGCUGGUAGAGGGGGAUGAUCCUGGAGCUGAGAGAAAGAGGUUGGGAGAGAAGAGCUUCUGAAGAGACACAACCAAGUUAACAAGGGGCUCCAACAGAGACAGUGUCUCCUGAUGUGGUCUUUCAAGGGGCCUCUGCUUCUCCUGACUGGCCCUACUUUGUUCUCAGUGUAGCUUGCGCUUCACAAGACAGAAGAGAACAGAGUGUGCUGGCAGCUGGCUUCUUCUUGCCACCUCUCCUGGAUUAUUAUUAUGCAGUACUCCAUGCUGCUGAGCUUCUUCUCACCAUUGCUCCUUACCCUACUCAGCCAAGCAAGAGCUCAGUUCCCUCGCCAAUGUGCUACGGUUGAUGCCUUGAGAAGUGGCGAGUGUUGUCCGGAUUUGUCUCCAGUGUUCGGGCCUGGUACUGAUCGCUGUGGUUCAUCUUCAGGAAGGGGUCAGUGUGUACCAGUGAUAGCAGACUCACGGCCCCAUGGCCCACAGUACAUGCAUGAUGGCCAAGAUGACCGUGAGCAGUGGCCCUUACGCUUCUUCAACCGAACCUGCAGCUGCAAUGGUAACUUCUCCAGUUAUGACUGUGGGUCCUGCCGACCUGGCUGGAGUGGAGCUGCCUGUAACCAACAGAUCCGCACAGUUAGGAGGAACCUUCUGGACCUGAGUGCGAGGGAAAGGAAUGAUUUUGUCAAUGCCUUACACCAAGCCAAGGCUACAAUACAUCCUGAUAUUGUCAUAGCCACCAGGAGACAUGAGGAGAUAUUGGGACCUGAUGGCAACACACCACAAUUUGAAAAUGUGUCAAUUUAUAACUACUUUGUGUGGUCCCAUUAUUACUCUGUCAGAAAGACUUUCCUUGGUGCAGGGCAGCAAAGUUUUGGAGGAGUGGAUUUCUCUCAUGAAGGACCAGCAUUUCUCACUUGGCAUAGGUAUCAUCUACUGCAGCUGGAGAGAGACAUGCAGGAUAUGCUACAGGAUCCCUCUUUUGCACUUCCCUAUUGGAAUUUUGCUACUGGUGGAAACACCUGCGAUAUUUGCACAGAUGACUUGAUGGGCGCUCGAAGCAAUUUUGAUGUCUCUCUUAUAAGUCAGAACUCCAUCUUCUCCCAGUGGCGUGUGCUCUGUGAAAACCUAGAAGACUAUGAUACCUUGGGAACCAUUUGUAACAGCACAGAAGGUGGUCCAAUUCGAAGGAAUCCUGCUGGAAAUGUUGCCAGGCCAAUGGUUCAGCGUCUCCCAGAACCACAGGAUGUUGCUCUUUGUUUAGAAGUUGGUUUGUUUGACACUCCUCCUUUCUAUUCCAAUUCAACAGACAGUUUCCGUAAUACAGUAGAAGGCUACAGCGAUCCUUCAGGGAAGUAUGAUCCGGCAGUUCGGAGUCUUCAUAAUUUGGCUCAUCUGUUUUUGAAUGGAACAGGGGGACAAACUCAUUUAUCUCCAAAUGACCCUAUUUUUGUCUUCUUGCACACGUUUACUGACGCUGUUUUUGAUGAAUGGCUGAGGAGACAUAAUCCUGAUAUUUCAAUAUACCCACUGGAGAAUGCCCCUAUAGGACAUAACCGGCAAUAUAACAUGGUGCCAUUCUGGCCCCCAGUUACCAAUAAUGAGAUGUUUGUUACUGCACCAGAAAACCUGGGCUACAGUUAUGACGUUCAAUGGCCAAGCCGGGCUCUGCAGGUCACAGAGAUCAUAACUAUUGCAAUAGUGACUGCAUUGAUUCUGGUUGCAAUUAUUUUUGCUGGUGCUACAUGUAUUGUACACGCUAGGAAAAACAAGGAUGAACUGCAUCAGCCUCUUCUCACUGACCAGUAUGAGCGGUAUUCAGAUGAUUAUGAUAGCAUACCAACCCCAAGCCAGUCUGUGGUUUGAAGAGAUGGGUUUUUUUUACCUGCAUCUAACAGAAUCUAUUUCUUCUGCUGUAUUUUAUAAAUGCCAAUAACUGAUCUGCUCUAAAAUAAAGCACAAAAAGUGUCAAUUGUAUUGAUAUAUUUGCUCCAACUCCAAUCUCCUCUUUCAUCACAUUCCAGGACCAGUAUAUCACCUUUGAAAUAUCAAGUGCUUAUCUUGAUAGACUCUCACUAAUUUCCCAACCUUCACCUUAUAGCUUCCGUUAUCCAUAUUCCUGAAUAAGAGUAGUGAUUUUCUAAAUUGUCCAGUACCAGUAACUGGGAGUAACAACUUGCCUUUCCUGUAUUCUGUGUAGAAGCCUUUUCACAGGUGUACCUGAAUGAACGUAGGGCCUGAUUCUGCCAUUCUUAGUCAUAUUGAAUACUAACUUACUCCACAAGUCAAUUCCCUUAGCUGACUGGAGUAAGGCAGUGUGCUACAAUGGAUAUGGCCCUGAACUAGGACUUAGGAGACCUGAGAUCUCUUCCCAGCUCUACCACUGACAUGUUGAGUAACCUUAGGCAUGAUGCUUUGCUUCUUUGUGGCUCAUUUUCUCCACUAUAAAAUGGAGAUAAUGAUUCUUCCUGUGUAAAGUGCUUUGAGUUCUAAUAAAAAGAAAUCAUAGCUUGGUAUUAUUAGGAGGAAGAGUAAGGGUAGCAGAAUUAGGUCUUAAAAAUAGAAUUGCUUUUGUCAUUAAGAGAGAGAUUAUCAAACGCAGAAGGAGAGCUUAGGUGCCUAACUCCCAUUUGUGCCUUUGAAACUCUCCCUUUAACUUUAGGCAUUAAAAUCAUGUCUGUUAUCUUAUGGCUAAUUCUUAUAUAUGCUAAUGGAUUUUAACAUUUGAAUUCUCCCCUGCUAAAUUUAUGGAAGGAAUGAAAAUCCUGGUUAACAUCUCUGGAGUGCCUAAAUAAUUCUAUCAUUCUCUGAGCUUUAAUUAGAGCUGGUCAAAAAUUUUCCAACAAUUUUUUUUUCAUUUGAAAAUGUAGUUUUGUUAAAAUCAGUGGGAAAAUGACUAUUUUUUUUACUACUUUUAUGAUUGUUCCAAAGUGACACUUUGAAAGAAAAUAUUUUCAUUCGAACUCAAAUGUUUAGCUUCAGGAUGCCAAUUUGAAACUAAAUGUUUCUUUUCAAACUGACACUUUGACUUAAAAUCUUAUUAUAAUGUUGUUUAAGUAAAAAUGUCAAUUCAAAACAAAAAAGUUGGGCUCAUAUGUACAGUUCAUUUUGACAUUUCUUUUUGAAAAUGUUGGAAGGAAUCAGUUGUAAAAUGGCCAGAAAAUCCCCUCUACUGUGCAGGACGGAGGAGAGUAAAGUAGCAGAACUCCAGCUAACAUGAAUCUCGGCCUGUGAAGACUUCCCUGCAGAGCUUGAGAUAUCUAGUUUAUUGCAGGUCAUGCUGUGUGCCCCCUCCAUAGGCCGGCAAACCACUGGCCUUAUGGGACGAGGCCUCUGACCUACCUAAGUGACAGAUCAAAGAGUAAUUUUUUACCUUCUGUCGGUUUGUCCAAGGAAGGUUGGAGGAUUCCCUAGUUCCUAAUUCAUUACAUUAUAUUAUGAUAUAUAUAAUCUUAGGGAGAAAAAAUAAAAAAGGGUGUGAGAAAGGUUUUGAUUUUGAGCCCUGCAUGUUCAUUACAGCUAGUUAAAUAUCACAUAGGAACAGAACCUGGGGUCCUGAUCCUUUGGGACCUUUGAAAGUCAUCAGGAGAGUUUCCAUUGACUUCAGUGGUUAUUCCUGUUGAACUAGGGAACUGCACAUGUACAUAGCUGCAAUAUGGUGAAUGAGAUGCCCCUAAUAUAAAGGACAGAACUGGUUAUAGGAUUCCCAACUAUAGUUUUUAUUCCUUGGUGCCAUUUUCUAGCUAUUAUCAUUAAUGAAACAUUCACUGGUCCUUUAUUCUGAAUGGUUAAUAAUAGGCAUCAUUAGGCAUCACAUGGUUAUGUUGUGUUAUAAAAGCUUUAUUUAGUAAAGAAUUAUUCUUUCUUCAUCUGAAUUAGUUCAUUCAUCUUUACUAUAUACAUAAUAAUGGAAAUAUCAAUCUUAUUUUCUGCGGAGUAAACCAGCAGCAUCUGAAUGAAACACAUCAUCCUCUAGUCUUAUUGCUCCAUGUACCAAUCAUACUAUUGCUGUAUAAGUAUUCUGCAUCUCCUGUUAUAACACUGAUUUUUGUAAGUCUUGAUUUUUUUCAUUGCAUUUAAUUGAUGAAGCUUAUCCUUAUUUUAAGACAAUUUAAAAGCAGAAUGAAGUUCUGGGGAUGAAAUUUACCACUCUCUGUUCUGAUUGUAGUAUCAGGCAUUGCAUGGAAAAACUUCAUAGAAUAAAAACCGUUAAUGACAACUGUUUAGUCUGAGUUGAACCAACAAAAAUAGAAAUUACAUUUUAUUUUCUAAAGGCAAAUGCGGGGAGAAAAUGUUUAUUUAUGUUACAGUAGCACCCAAGGCUUCCAGAGAGAAUGCUGACUCCAUUAUUCAAGGGGCUUGUCAAGGUUCC